GGGAGACCUUUUGUUUGAGAUUUAUUGGAUUUUCUUUUCUAAAGAGUUUGUCUCUUGUGGAACUGUUUUUGAGCCUAACAUGUUUAGGUUUGUUUAGUUUGCUUCAUGCUGCGUCAAGUGGUAUUAGAGCGCGAACGCAUAAUCCUGGUAUCAUGGUCGACGGGUUUGGAGGAAAUCAUCCUAAUGUCGCUGGAGAAGGGAUGAAGACGGCAGCAAAUUUGGAGCGCAGGCUUGAAGGGCGACUCAUAGAGAUAGAAAGGAGUCUCGACGAGGUUUACACAAGUUUGUGCACUCUUGCAGUGAAUCUCAAUAGAGGGCUAGAGGUAGCAAGGGAUGUCGAUCGAGAUGUUGCUCGAGAGCGCCUUGUUAAUCAACACCAUCCUAUUAAUUGGAGAUUACAUGCUUAUGACAAUUCAAGUGAUGAUGAUUUUCAUGUAGCCCAACAGGUGGUGAACUGUGGGAACCCAAGGAACGCCAGGGGAAGUGGAUGUGGCUAUGUUGGAGGGCUUGGAGGUGCAGGAGAACCGAAGAAGAGAAGGCUAAACUCCCAUUUGUCUUUGGCCUUGUAUGAGUCAAAAGCUUCAAGCCAGAAUGAUCUACAUGAAUCUGAAGGACAACAAGUCUUUAGAUACCUUGAAGGGUUACGACCAGCAUUAAAAGAGAAAAUUUGUGUCCAGCUUCAUGUGGCUGUACUUGCUGCUACUUUGCAGCCUCAUUUGCCUUUCAUUACAACCUCAUGUCAUCAACAUUUGCAGCAUAGUUUGCUGCACUUUGCUGUUACUGUGCUUUGCUUUGACACCACAGCUCCAACAUUAGCCCACAAAGCUGAGGUAACAGCAAAGGAACAUCAGGGAAAUGGGAUUGAAUUUUAUCGAAAAGGUUAUAGCACUUCUAGCUCAAAGUUUGAAGACAACCUUGCCCACCCUACACAAAAUAAGCUAGCAAUAGACAAGCCAGUGGUGAGGAACAUAAGCAAGAAAGCAAUGGAAGGGGUGGAAGCUUAUAAGAAGGUGGCUUUGAUUGAGCAAGGAGAUGAUGUUAGUGAAGUUCUCUAUGACCUAAAUGAUGAUGGAGACCAUGAGGAAGAUGAACAUCGGCAAACUUAUGUGGUGAAGAUGACCAUGUUGUCGCCAAAGGAAGCCAUUGAAAAGUUGCAGCUGGAAGUCGAGAAGCACCCAAGUCCCUACACAAUUGGAUGGAUCAAGUUUGGAGAUGAAAUAAAGAUUUUGUUUGGAAGACCUUGGCAAUUUGACAUGGAUGCUCAACAUCCCGGAAGGGACAAUGUUUAUCGUUUAGUUAAGGAAGGGGUAUGCUACACUUUGCUGCCUUUGUCAAGGAGGCCAAAAGCAAAAUCUACACUACCAAAUGCAGACAAAACAUUCUUGAUAAUGGUUAAUUUAGGACAAAAAUUUCUAGAGGAAUGCAAAGAGACCAAGGAGGUUCAUGUUUUGCUAGUGAAAGAGUUAGCAAACCAAGCUAGGAAAGGAAAACUUGCUGAGGAGGUAAAAGCCACCCUAAACCUCAUGCCGGGAGCUAGUUUGCCAAAUUUACCUCAUUACCGAAUGAGUCCAAAAGAGAAGGAUAUUUUGCGAGAGAAUGUUGAAGAGCUACUAGAGAAAGGUAUGAUCAGAGAGAGUACGAGCCCUUGUGCUGUACCUGCGUUGCUCACACCAAAGAAAGAUGGAAGUUGGCAAAUGUGUGUUGACAACAGAGCUAUUAAUAAAAUUACAAUCGGGUACAAGUUUCCCAUACUGCGGCUUGAUGAGAUGUUGGACCAGCUGCACGGAGCUAAGGUGUUCACCAAGCUUGACCUUCGAAAUGGCUACCACCAAAUUUGUAUUAGACCCAGGGAUGAGUGGAAGAUAGCUUUUAAGACUCGAGAUGGGUUGUAUGAGUGGUUAGUGAUGCCUUCUGGCUUAAGCAACGCUCCAACUCCUAUUACUGAAUGUAUGAAGAAGGGGAAGUUUAGAUGGGGAGACGAAGAAGAAAGAAGCUUUGCGUUGCUUAAAGAAAAGCUUUGCAUAGCACCAAUCUUGGCUUUACCAGACUUUGGAAAACUAUUUGAAGUGGAGUGUGAUGCUUGUGGAGUGGGCAUUGGGGCAGUACUUUCCCAAGAGAAGAGGCCUAUAGCUUGUUUUAGUGAGAAACUCAGUGACUCUAGGCGGUAAUGGACAACAUAUGAUAAGGAGUUUUAUGUAGCAGUGAAAGCCUUAAAGAUUUGGGAACAUUAUCUAAUUGGCAAGGAGUUUGUUCUAUACUUCGACCACCAAGCAUUGAGAUACUUGAAUAGCCAGAAGAGACUUAGCAAUGACUUACAUGCUCGCUAGUCCUCUUUCUUGUAGAAAUUCCCUUUCAAGCUUAUUCAUAAAUUUGGUUCUCAAAA